CAUCUAUCAUUUCCUCAGAAUCUCUUACACAACUUUAAUACUCACACACAAUGGCCUCAGGCUCAAUGUCUUCUUAUGGCUCAUCAGGCUCGUGGACUGUUAAGCAGAACAAAGCCUUUGAGCGUGCUCUAGCUGUCUACGACCAAGACACUCCUGACCGUUGGUACAAUGUUGCUAGAGCCGUUGGUGGCAAGACACCCGAAGAAGCUAAGAGACAGUAUGACCUUCUCGUGCGUGACAUCGAAAGCAUCGAGAACGGUCACGUGCCUUUCCCUGACUACAAGACUACUGGUGCUACCAACAGAGGCAGGCUGCGUGAUGAGGAAAAGAGGAUGAGAAGCAUGAAGCUUCAGUGAAAGAAGAAGAAGAAGCAAACCAAAAGAACCUAAAACUACUACGUAAUAAAAUAAAAGAGAACCAACGCAGAGAGAGAUGUGUGUAUGUUUUGUUUUUUCAAUUAAUGUUUUUAAUUGUUAUUUUCACGAAGCUUGGAAGUAAAGCAAUCUGUAUUAUAUUUUAGGGUUCUUCUUUAAUGAAAAAAAAACCAAUGUCUGAAGAA